GGAACUGGCCUGCCUGCAGUCGCGGCCUCAAACAGGGAUAUAUAAUGUGCUGCAAGUGAGGCCUCAGCAUCAUUCGCUCACAGUCAACAUGAAGGUGGUACUCUUUGCUUGCUUGAUCGCUGUUGCCUUCGCUCGCCCUGACGGCGACGCUGAAGUGCUGCGUGACGAGCGCGAGGACCAGGGUGAUGGCAACUUCAGGUACACCUUCGAGACAAGCAACGGCAUCUUGCAGGAAACUGUCGGUACCCCAGGAUCUGAGGGCCAGAGCAACGUUGUGGGAUCUUACAGAUUCACUGACCCCGACGGCAACGUCGUAGAAGUCAGGUACACCGCCGACGAGGAAGGCUUCAGGCCCGAAUCCGACGCCAUCCCCCAGCCGCCCCCAAUCCCUGAGUUCGUCUACGAGCUCCUUGCCAUCGCCGAGCAGCAGAGAAGCAGCGGCGUCCAGUUCGAUGAACAAGGAUUCGAAAUCUAAACCGCAAGACGACGAGACUUAGGACCUUGCCAUCAUUUUCUCUCUUCAUUUUCUUAUGCCGAGGAAAGCAAAACUUGUGACCGCAGUUUUAGGAUAUUCUCCAGCCUACACAAUCCAAUAAAUAUGGUUCAUGUACAGUACAUUAUAUUGUUUUAAAAGAA